AUGCCACGGAUCCAUGUGGAUGAUCUGAGUGGGAUCCUUGCCCACACAGUGGAGAACGAGUGGGUCCUGGGGAUCUCGAACGGAGAGGCCCCAGCCCAGACCACCAAUGGGGAGUUCGCCAGGGCACUGGCGUUGAGCCUGACCCGGCCCUCGGUGCUGCCCCCAGUGCCCAGUCUUGUACUGCAGGCUCUGCUGGGCGUCGAGCGGGCGGUCCUGUUGCUGGAGGGCCAGAGGGUUAUACCCAGGAGAACGCUGCAGACCGGGUACAGGUACCUCUACCCCGAGCUCCAAGCAGCUUUGAAGAGCAUCGUGUCCUGA